GUGCCCCGACGGCUCCAGUCUAGACGCUUCCUGGGGUGAGGGAGGCGGUGCAGGCCACCUUCUGCCGCCUGGCCCCUUCGUCAGGAGCUCCUAGAUGGCGGGGAGGGAGGGUUCACGUGGCCAUGAAGGAUCCCAGCUGGUGCCUGAUGGGUGCGGGGGGGGGGGCUUGUCACUGUUAACGCCAUCACCCCACCCCGCCAAUUGUGAACCCAUGUGGUCGCCGGUGUCUCCCAAUUGGACCCCCCCAUCCCCCACGAGCCUCGGCAGUCCAGUCUGUCAUCCCUCCACCCCUGCCGCUCCCACCCAGCCAAUGACAACUCAGAGCAGCCCUGCGUGUGUGCGGAGGAGUGCCGCACUGGGGACUAGUACAUGGACGGACCGCCAUGGCUGCUUCUAAUUACAGCUGCAAUGCUUACCCCCCCACCUUCAGCUCUCCUGUCUCCGCUCUGGCCACUUGUCCUGAAGGAGUACCAAUAUGCGGCGCUGCGUGACGUGUUUUAAGUUUUGUUUUAGCUUAUCGCAGUGAAGUCCAGCCCAGCGCUGCAUAUCUUCGUGGUAGGCCGCGUCGAAGUGAAGUCCAGCCCAGCGCUGCAUAUCUUCGUGGUAGGCCGCGUCGAAGUGAAGUCCAGCCCAGCGCUGCAUAUCUUCGUGGUAGGCCGCGUCAAAGUGAAGUCCAGCCCAGCGCUGCAUAUCUUCGUGGUAGGCCGCGUCAAAGUGAAGUCCAGCCCAGCGCUGCAUAUCUUCGUGGUAGGCCGCGUCAAAGUGAAGUCCAGCCCAGCGCUGCAUAUCUUCGUGGUAGGCCGCGUCAAAGUGAAGUCCAGCCCAGCGCUGCAUAUCUUCGUGGUAGGCCGCGUCAAAGUGAAGUCCAGCCCAGCGCUGCAUAUCUUCGUGGUAGGCCGCGUCGAAGUGACCUUUAGUGUCGGGUUACAAGUCGCGACCUGGCCAGCGGGUGGAUAUUCUGUCACACAACUAUCCAUGUGUGUGGGCAGUCAGUGGUUUAUGAAUUUGCACUAGUUUAAGAACAGCUGGAUUCUCCCUCUUUGUGGCGGUUAAUGGGAGCAUAACCUGCUCUGUGGCUCAAAGGCAAUAAUUGAUUGACCGAGUUGCCCCUGUUCUUGUGUGGGAUGUUUGAAUGAUUCGGUGGGAAAUGACCUUUGUUUGACUGACUGGAUACAACUGGACCUGAGCUCUGUGCCACUCUCAAUUACUACUGCCCAGUCGCCCACUAUUUCCCCGGAAUUCCUCAAUGAACGAAGAUCGAGGGCCAGGGAUUCGUCCCUAUCGGUCGUCGCCAUGGAGUUUUGUCACGGUGUUGUCAAGAAUCUCGGAUUUGUCUAAUAAGUAUUCUGCCAAAGUUUCUCUGACCAGUGGGAUGAAGGUAACAUUUGAGACAGAUCUUCCUUCUCUCUCGGGUUCCCUCAUCCUUUGAGCACUCUAAAUGGAUAACAUUUGGAAAGUUAGAAAUGUGGUCCUUCAGGGAGUUUGUCAGAAUUGUUUUGCCUUGCCACGCCUCAGCAACUUCUUAAACGGCCUCUGCCCUCUCUUCGCACCGUGCUCAUCCGUGCUCAUCCGUGCUCAUUUUAUCCUAGGUUUUUGUUUACCUCUCUCCCCAUAUGCCGUGUCUGUCUGUUCAGUUGCCUGGACACACUAAAUGCACCCUUCCAGCCUUUAUCUCCAGACGCGUACAUGUUGUACUGUCAGUCAGUGUCAGCUGUUGACUACUGCAGGGUGGUCCCUGCGAAAGACAGAUGAGGGGCGACAGUGAUGGCUGAGCACGUCGUUAGAAAUAGACUUCCGACGGCUGUCUUUGUUGCCCACGGCCUUUCCAGUCUUCUGUCGUUUUUGUCCGAUGUGGACCAAUGGCAAAUACGUUCCUGGCUACGUCAGUGAGAAUUUUUAUGAUUCAGGUUAGAAUGGUGCAUACCUUAUCCUGAAAAAUAAAGAGCAUUUUAGAAUGUGUUUGAAAGUCCAUUUUCAGUCCCACUCUUUUCAAAUGACUUGAAUGCUUGAGUAUCCUGGCUCUCAUUGCAGUUAUUUUCUCAAUAUGCUUUUGCCACUCUCCUCCACUUCUCUUUUGGUUCUUGUGGAGCAUCUCAAUGGGCCAGGCUGUUAGGGUCUUUGGUAAUAUAGCCCGGAUGCAGCCAAACCACUCUGCACUCAGGAUCCUGCAGCAGCAGAAUGAAGACCUACGCCAGCGGCUGUCCCACACCACCCAUAAGAUGGAGGCCAUGGAGACGGAGUUUGAGACCAGCCGCCACUACAUGCAGGGGGAGAUGGGACGCACGCGCGACGACCUGGAGAAGAUGAGAGACAAGUUCCGCAGACUGCAGAACAGCUACACCGCCUCCCAGAGGGCCAACCAGGACUUGGAGGAGAAGCUUCACGCCCUGGCUGCUGUCAGUCAGACCUGGGUCUACGCACUCCGUAAGGUGGAGAGGGACAAGAAGACCAUGGACCAGGAGAUAGUGGAGCUCACCAACAAACUCCUGGAUGCCAAGAACACCAUUGACAAGCUGGAGGAGCUGAACGAGCGCUAUCGGCAAGAUUGCAAUUUGGCCGUGCAGCUGUUGAAGUGCAACAAGUCCCAUUUCAGAAACCACAAGUUUGCAGAUCUUCCCUACGAGCUCCAGGACAUGGUGAACAAGCACAUGAAGGCCAGUCUGCCUGACAAGAGUUCCCAGGGUGCCCAGGGCCAGGACUCCGACACGCUGAGUCUUACGCCCGCCGACGUGGUGCCCACUUCGGUCAUCGCCCGCGUCCUGGAGAAACCCGAACCCCUGGUGCUCAACUCCGCCCAGUCCAGCAGCAGCGCCGGGCGACCCCAGGCCGAGGACGUGUUUGUGCACGUGGACAUGACGGGGCCCCCGGCUGAGGUGGGGAGAGGGGGUCGAGAGAACGGCGGACCCAGCCACAGCGGCAGGGCCUUGGCCCGGAGUGCCCCGGCCCACGAGCUCCUCCAGCAGAACGGCAUGUGUCGGAGCCAGAGCAGCCUGUCAGCCGACGGCCAGUCGGGAGAGGAAGGUCGGGACGGGGGUGGGGCCUUUGAGAAGCUCAACCCCUAUCCGGCCCCCCUGCCGCCCCACCCGCUCUACCCCGGCCGCAAGGUGAUCGAGUUCUCGUCAGAUGACAAGGUGAAGAUCCCGAAGAACAGCCCACUGCCCAACUGCACCUAUGCCACCCGGCAGGCCAUCUCUCUCAGCCUGGUGCAGAACGACGAGGAGAACGAGCGCCAGCGCACCGUGCCCAACAGUCCCGCCGCGUCAGACGGGGGUUGGCGCUCCGGGGCGUCAUCGUCCUCAGGCGGAGCCGGGCAGCGUGACCCCUGCCGCACCCCUACUCAGCCGGACACGGGCGACCGCACCUCAAGCCAGUCCAGCCCCUUCAGCAGCCCCCCUCAGCCCCCCGGCGCCUCCGGCAGCUCUGGCAGCUCCGAGGAGGACCUGCUGGCCAACUGGCAGCGCAUGUUCGUGGAGAAGAUGGCGCCAGCCUCCGAGGGCACCCUCGUCAACCGCACCUCCUUCAGCAGCGAGACGGUCAAGGACCUGGAGAGGACCCGGACCGGCAAGCCGGCGGGUGGGGGGUCGGACAGAGGGGCACUACGGGGGGCCUACUCGGACGGGGAGGAGGGGUCGUCGACCCGGAGCUGGACGGCCAGCCGAGAGUCCAGCCUCGACACCGACACCAGCAGCAUGGCCGACCUCCGCACCAGAAGAGGGCAGUACGGAGCCGAUUUCUCCACAGAGGAGAGUGAGCGGCUGCUGAUGGCCCUGGACCCGUUAGACAACGACCAAGACGACUCCAGGGGCGUCGCUGCGGAGACUGCCAACACCGCGGAGACCAGCCCGGCGGAGGCCAAGAGGGGUGAGUUUGCGGAUGAGACAGGGUCUGUAGGAAGCUCCGCGGAGGAGAGAGACAUCCUACCCCAGGACUUCCCCGUCAUCGCUCCCCGCGUCCUGGCCGGGCUGGAGGCCCACACGGAGGGCACCCCUCCCCUCUCCGCUAACUCCUCAACCCCUGGCCGACCCCUGAAGAGCCCAAAGAGGAUGGGAGUCCAUCAUCUGCACCGCAAAGACAGCCUGACUCGGGCCCAGGAGCACGGCAACCUACUGGACUGAGAAUAAGGGUCGUCCUCUUCUUACUUCAGCAGAUGUCUGAUUAAGGAAAGAUUAGAGAAGGCCGAGAUACUUGGUCCUUUCUUUGUCUGUGCUGCUGUCUCUCAUGAGUGUUUUCAGGAAAUACACACUUUCUCUACUAAAUGCAUUCAAGAGCUAACUCUUCUUUAGAGAGAUGUGCAACAUCUGGCUGGCAGUUUUAACCUCAACGUUUGCAGCCUUCUUUUUCUCGCCACUGUGAACUGAGCUGCGACCCGCAAUCGCCUCCAGUAGAAGAACGUGGGGUCCUACAGGAGUUUGUUAAUGAGUUUUGUUUCCUGUCAUUCAAACGUUCUAAACCAUCGUGGAGGGAAGAAGGCCGACUCCAGGAUAUAGCCAUAAUGUGUCAUUUCCUGUGGAAACAUUCAGCCAGUGUGUGCAUUCUCACGCAACAGACCAGACGGAGCAACGCUUCGCCACGUCGCUUGAGACAAAUGCUGAGGGUGCCCGGAGACUUGUUGUUUUGCGCUGAAAUUUCCCCUCUGAGAAAUGAAAUGUCUUGCAGGCAUCUGAUAACACGAGAGCUUUCCUUCCAUCUCUGAAUGUACCCACAGUUGUGAGGACGAUCGUUUGCAAGCCUGUGCUAUUGUUUUCGUGUGCGUGCGAGCGUGUGUGCGUGUGCGUGCGUAUAUAGGCUGAUGAUGGACCGGACCCCCCUGAUAGACUCUCAGUGCCUAUUCCUUUCUAUCUCACAGGGGUUUUUAACCUCCAAAUGCCCAUUAAAUAUCUCUUCUGCCCCCAAAAUUCUCCAGCAAUUUGCAGCGGUCUGCCGAGCACCCACUCUUAAAGGCUGACUUAUCUGGAAUUGGUCGAACACACAGGGUCUAGUAAGGUCUUAUUUCAAAGUCAAUGAAUAAUAUAUUUUUUUCAUGGAUUUUUGAUUGUUUGAUUUUGUUUUGGCUUUCUAUUCUCUUGUUCAUUUUUAUAAUUUCUGUAGUCACUUCAAAUGAUUUACUAUUUGAUAUAUAUUUUUAAGUGACCAUUUAAUGGGGGGUCUCAAUUAAAAUAUUUCUAGGGAUGUGAUGAUGGGGGGAAAAAAGUAUAUCUGUUUUCCAUAUUAACCUACAGUUCUUUACUCAAUUCUUAUCUCAUUGUGGUAACUAUCAUUUCCAUGCGGUCAUAGCAUUCUCAUGUUUUUCAACUGUUUGCUGCAUACAUCAGUCUGAAACUGCCAUAGUUGAAGUUUGUUCUGAUGUCUGAAUGACUGGGGUUGUAUAAAACAAAGUAAUCAGUGAUUUGAUCCUCCCUAACCAAUCAGAGUAUCAAUGACAAUUAGAAAUUCACAAAAUGGCGUUUUUCCCAUGUUCUGGCGCUGACUCAAUCCAUCAGUUCCGGUACAAUUUGAUUGUCUUCAAUAUAUCCAGAUCCAGACAAUAUCCAGAUCCAGAGUGCGAAGGAGGAAGCAACGUCUGUGGGUGUGGCAUAGUGUUUGGUCAGAGCAAUGAGUUUGUGUGAGACAGGCAAUUGCAGAUCUUUUGACAUUUUUUUUCCUAUUAUUGUUCCUUGAUUGGGUUUUGUUCUCGCUGUAUUUUCAUUUCAACUAACAGACUGAUGGUUCUAUUAAUUGUUCAUUCUGCUACUGCUCUUGGGGUUUAACAAAGGAAGACCCAAAUGUUCUGAAACAUGCUGUCAGUAUUUUCUUUUCAAAAGAACCAAGUCAUUCUUCUCAAGACAUUUUUGUGAAUGUGUUUUUGAAGUAUUCACUGGGCUCUAGGUGAAGGAAAUUCACCUUUAAGAUGCCUUUUAUUUCUCACUGUCUACCACUCUGUACUGUUGAAAAUAAUUUUGUGAACAAGAAAGUAUUUUGAUUGGUCUAUUACUCAAGUGUCCAUUGUGGGUUUUCACUUCACAGAGGAUGUCAUACCGCUAGCUUAUAAACUGUGAAGAAAAGAAGGAUUUGACAUUUCCCCCUGUUCAGCCAACCUUUUAUGAAUCUCACCAGUUUGCUUCUCCAAGGUCACUCCUAGACUUUAUGGUCCAGAGAGUUCAGAUCACUUGAUAAAGUCCAGAGUUAUCUCUGGCCCUUUCCAAAUACAGCACCUAGUCUGGAAUAUAACCAUUGUUUACAGUAUGUAGCAGUUGUUUUCACUAAGUCCCUUUCAUGCACCUGCUUUAAUAUGGGUAGGGAAUAUGUAUUCAUCCAUCAAUAGAUUCUUUUUCAGAUUUUCUGGAUGGAUUUUUGAUUGUGUUCCUUUUUAAUAUUAAUUUGAUCCAGUUUAUUCAAUUGACUUAGCAUUCUGUAUUUGAAAAUGUUAAUUUGAUUUGUUCAUUGUAAUACGUUUUUGUUUUCGGCAUCAGACACUCAACUAUGUAGCAUUAGUUGAUCAGGAUAGUGUACUGAAGCAAAAUCAUGUUGGCCUUUUCAACGGCUUUUCGAUUGUGUGGUUAUAAAGUCUGAUACAUUCGUGCUGUUUUAUCGACCUCCGAUUGACAGCUCACAGUGGGAGCUCUGCAUUGGCUUUCCAUAUAAGGCAGUAACUCUGUAUGAAUCACACGAUUCAUGCAGUGUUUUCAACCUUCAGACAUGCUUUUUUGUCCAGAAGGUCUUAAGCUGUCUGGUUGUUUGUUCCUGCCAUCCUCUAUGGGCUGAGAAGGGUUCUGUCAUUUCUAGUCCAUUGGCACAGUGCUUGCUUGAAACCCAGUCACCACCUUGGAGUACAGUGUAUUCCUCCUUAAUGUCUCCAGAGUCUGCCCUCUAGCUUCAAUGUGGACUUCAUCUAGACUGUGGCUUUCAGUCUCACCCUGUUAAAACCUCUAUCAUUAGACCAACAAUUACAAGACUCAUAUCAAAGAAUCGGCAAGAGACAGCAUUGCUUCAGUUAAGUACUGGUAAGCUGCCAGUCAUAUUUAAGGUAACAGUAUUCCCUUCUGAGCGAGAGGAAUCCCUAAAGCGGUAUAAAAGGCUCUCCACACACAGGAUCCAAAACGCUCGAGGCUUUCUGCUGCACUCCUGGCCCCUGAAUAAUUCAACGGCGUUUUCCUCAGUGUGACAGACCGGGACUUCACUCCGCCCCUUUACACCCCUCACACCUUUUUUGAAAACCUCUUCUCUUGUCUUUUUGCAAAUGGUCUGCUUAUUGGUCUUUUCAUUAUGUAUGAAUGUACUGUUAAUAGCCCAUAAUUAAUAGACUUGUAACAACCCUUGGCUAAAUUAUUCAUGUUUUACUACCCUCAGAAAUAGGUCUCUAAUACUUCAAAAAGAGAGUGGAAGGGUAGUCUGUCAUGGUCUUGUACAUGAAAAUGUAGGUUUUUAAUAUUUCAGGGGCUCAUCAGAUGUGCUGUAGACAAGGAUUUGUACAAAUACUAAAACGGGAAUGAAUAGAAAAGAGGAUAAAAUGUGCACGGCUCUAAUGUACUCCCAAGUAUAAAUAGGUCUUUACAUCUGGUCUGCUGCAACUUUAAUGACUGCUCUUUCAUGAAUAUAAUUGAACACAUCUCCUCUGACACAUCCCUUCUUUCAUCCAAGGUCACCUUUUCAGAGAUGCACCAUACGUGUGGAGCUUAUCACAUUUUUGAGAGAAAUGUCAUCUUGGAUGUCAGUUCUGUGGGAUGUGGUGGAGGAAAACCCCACUGGUCGCCAUGAUAAACCUUUGGUGACGGUGACCUUUCUUUCACAGGAAGAUCAGUUUAGGUUUUAAUCUGAGGAUAAUUUAAACGGCCAAAGCACAGUUGUUGAUUGGAGCCUUUAUUCCACUGUUAAUAUUCUGAGAGUAUCGCACCACCAAUAAGUUUCUUCAGCUUUUAGCCCAACCCAUCCGGGUUGGAGAGAAUUGAGCUGUCAUUUGAGCAACGAUUAGGGUUAACUGCCUUUUUCAAGGAUAGAACGAUUUCACCUUGUUGACGUAGAGUUCAAUCUAGCCAUGUUUCUGUAAACUGGUCAGGUGCUCUAACCGCUGGGCCAUCAGGUGCUCUAACACUAGGCUCAGUCCUAUAUUGGCAUGAUGCCGGGGCUUUAAUAUCGAUCAUCUCCAGCGAUUUGGCUGGAGCAAAAAUAUGACGCUAUGCAAUAACCUUGGGUCUAUAUGUGAAUCCGGAGGCAGGUUUUACUGUGUAGUGUUCCACACGGUGAGAUUUCCCCGAUUUGGGCUUGGAGUUCCAUUUGCAUUGUGUCUCAACAUGCAUUCUGCCUGGGAACAGUCGGUGUGGGCAUUAGGGCAACGGGGCGGUUCAGGAAUACCAAUAUAAUGUGUUUGCUGUCACUGUCUUGUCACAUCACCGUAUGUUGUCGUUGCCGUUCGUGUUCUUAUUCAGCACGUCUACUUUUCUGGCGUUCAGUUGUCGUGUUCGCCCAUUGACAGUCAUUAAAUGAUGUAAUGGACUCCCAGACAAAUCUUAUUCAGCACUUUCUUAUAUUUGGCUGCAGGUGCAAUUUCAAGUGUGAAAAGAUGUAUCCAAUGUUUGUGUGAUUAUGUUUAAUGAAUAUGAAUACUGGUAUGCCCAGAAUCGAGACAUUGGAUUCCUGGAGAAUGCAGUCUAUAGUACCAGAUGUUCACUGUGGUGGACGAGGCUGUCGUGGAGUCCCCAGUCCAGGUCAUUGUCUGAGCAAACUUUCAAUCCAGUUGUGGUAGUGGGUUCGCUAACACAAUUCAUGACUACCAUUCUUGAGUUAAGAUUGGCAAUCGGAUUGUGCCCUACUGAAAACAAUGGGCCCAUGUUUCUUUGGUUGCAUGUUCAUCACACUCCAGAUGGGCUGUCAGUUUUCAUGGCUUUGUAGAGUUCCUUUUGAUUUGUAUUGGAAGCGGGUUGUUUCCAUGAUCAUAUAGCUGUAUCAUGUGAUUUACUCCCCUGUUUAAACAAUUAUUUAAAAAAGAUAAAAUGAUACAAAAAAGACUGUUAAACCUGUACUAAUUUUAUUUUCAGAAUUUGUAAACUGAUGUA